AAGGGGCUUUCCGAAGCUGAAAAUCGGGGCGGCGGGGCGGGUUCGCGGGAUACGCAGCACCCGUCAAACCACGCAGGUGGCAGGAUCAUCUACACAGUACUUCUAUGUCUUCCGGAUAGAUGAAAAACCUGCUCUGCGCUCCCUCGACGAGGAGUUGAUGGAUAAAGGACAUGAACGCCACAGCAUAUGACACUAGAAGGGCAGAUGAUGUCUGACAUCAUGCUACCAGCCCGCCUAGCUGGCAUGAACAGCUGAGAGCUGAGAGAGCUCCGGCCGCGCGGUCAAGUGCCGCUUACCGACGGGAUACACGGGGCAUCACGCUGGCCGCUAGGCUGUGUUCACAGCCAUGAAUCUGUGCUGAGACAUUCAUCUUGUCGGCGGCCAAGCAGGGGCGCUGGCAAUGUCAACGGACAACCUUCGGAGUAACCUCAUGGUGAACAGAUGAGUGAAUGCCAAGACCGGAGAAUUCAUUCGCCGACUUCAGAUGGAACGCGUCGACGCGACUUUCGAGUCUCAACGUCCCAGCUUUUGCGUCAGGGUCGCCAACCGGCCAGAAUAUGCUGAGUGGGAAGCGGAAACGACCUGCCCAAGAGCCAGAGGAAAGCACACCGAGAAGGCUGCGCUCCGGAAUUCCGCAGAAGCAGUUAGACGAAGAGCAAUCCGGACACGUCCACACCCCUUCUAAAAGCACAAGAGCGUUGAACCAGGUCGAGGAUGGCACCCCUCGGUCGAUUCUGAAGAAGCCCGGGACUGUGGAGCAUCGUAAUGGACUUACCCCCAAGUCGAAUCGCAAGCUGUUGUUCGAAACCCCCACAAAAGGAGGUGAAGAUGACACUCCGAGUGCGACUCCCACGCGCGUUCGGAAUGCCGAUCGAAGUGCAAGGCGAAAGAGCACUAGACGCCUACUGUCAAGAACGAUAAAUGGAGCCGAGACCGACGAAGAUGCAUUGGAGGAGGAGGAAAUCCUGGCACAACAGAUCCUCAGUGACAAUGAAGAAGACGAGGAGCAAGGGGUCUUGGACACAGGUGUAGGAGAUGAGGAUAUACCAGAGACGCCAUCCAAGCGCGGCAAGGGAAGGCCAAAGGCCUCGGGCAAAGGUCCUGGCCGGCCUCGAAAACCGCGCUCGCCUACUCCACCGCAAGACCUCCCUCCGCACGAAGAAUACUUUUGGCAGAAUCGACCGGGCGGCACCAAGACGUCCAACAACACGCUGCCUUCCCAGAGCCUUCUGAAUCAUGACGAGUAUUUCCAGGCCAUGCAGACGUACGAGGAUCGACACCAAGCUGAGACGGACUUUCUGCUCGGCCUCCAUUGCCGAGCGUUGGACCAGUGGACCUUCGAGCUUGAGGAGGGCUUCAACCUUUGUUUAUACGGGUACGGGUCAAAACGCCCUCUUACAGAGCGAUUGGCGGCCCAUCUGUACGAUCAUCUCAGUCAGCACGGCGCGUAUCGCCGGUCCAAUAAAACGCCGAAAAUCGUGGUCAUCAACGGAUAUUCCCCUACAACGACGCUCAAGGAGAUCCUGACUACUAUAGCCUCAGUACUUGUUCCGUCCCACUCGAAACUUCCGAACCAGCCGUCAUCUUUGCUGUCUUACAUCUUCGAACAACUUCAAGAAAACGCUCCCCCGCAUCCGGUACCCCUGAUCAUCAACUCCAUGGACUCCCUUUAUCUACGAAGAGCUCCCAUCCCUGCAAUGCUCGCAAGCCUGGCCGCACAACCUUGCAUUAACCUCGUCUGCACGGUUGACACCCCCAACUUUCCGUUGCUGUGGGAUGUGGGCUUGAAGGCGCAAUUCAAAUUCCUAUUUCACGAUGCGACAACAUUUGCGCCAUACGACGCAGAGAUAGAUGUCGUCGAAAGCGUCAAUGAACUGCUUGGCCGCAGUGGAAGAAGGAUUGGCGGAAGGGAUGUCGUGGGCUUUGUACUGCGAUCUCUGCCCGAAAAUGCGCGUUCUCUGUUCCGCAUACUGGUCACUGAGCAGCUGGCCCUGCUUCUUAUGGACGGUAAUUUGGCCGGAGAAAAAGAGGACGGCGUAAUCGCAAAUACGCCACGCAGCAAGAGCAAGAAACCUGCCAGCUCCGAUACAGUGCAAGGCGUCGAGUAUCGCGUUUUGUAUCACAAGGCUGUGGAAGAGUUUGUCUGCUCCAGCGAGGUUGGCUUUAGAACUUUGUUGAAGGAGUUCCACGAUCAUCAAAUGAUUGAAAGCAGGAAAGACGCUAUGGGAACAGAGUGGUGCAUCACCUCCCACUGCCCCACCCACACGACCGCCCUCCGCGCCGCCUCCUACCUCCUUAACGGCCUCUGCAGCGCCUUCGACACCCCGCGAACUGAUUUCACAAGCUUCGCCUGGCCCACGUCUCUGGUGUCGGACCUCGAAUCCCUGAUGCCCAUCGACUCCAUCGUCUCGAGCCAGAUGCCGCAUUUCAUCCCCAGUGAAGUGCCGUUCCUCAACGCAGGCAGCGAGAAUGAGUCUGGCAGUCCAGCUGCUUCUGGUGAGAAUGCGGGAGCGCAGGGUACGUCUACGACGGAGGCGGCGCAAGGGGGGAAUGCGUUUAGGACGGCGGAAGAGGGGAGUGUGCGGAGUCAGAGUGGGGGUGCGGCGUAUGCAGGGAGAGGGAGAGGGAGAGGAAGAGCGGUGGGUGGAGGUGGGGACUUGUUGAGUGGGUUUCUGGGUGCUGGGAUCUUGGUGGCUGUGACGGUUGGGGGGUUGGCGGCGUUGCCGUAG